GCGUAGGGUUAUUUUCGGUCAUUACGACAGGACGGUUGGUGGUUGAAUAGUUUGAAGAUUUUUCCACACGAUUUUGCACUGCGGCACUGGGGACCACUACGUCACAGAAUGUUAAAUUCGCUUUACAUCAAACACCAGGACUUGAAGGAGGCGGCCGCUAUCGAACGCCGACGCCAGUACGAGGAAUCCCGCAGGCAGCGAAUUUUUAACGCACGCCGUCGGGUUAUCGGGAUUGACACUGCAGCAUUGGAUCAUCAGUUGAAGGAAAAGCACGAGAUAGAACAGGAGGAGCUUGAACGCAAGCGAAAGUUCGAAGAGGAGCAACGUCGCCAGAAUCAGCUCGUUCAGCAGAAGAACCGAGAGCAGCAACUGCUCCGUCACCAGCUGGAAAAUGAUGUCAAUCACUUUCGAUCGCUGCACCAACGGCCGGAGCAAUCCCGGGACUUUGACUUGUUCGACCCAAAUGGGCUGAAAAAGACCCUUCCCGCGAGGCUUGGAGACGAUGAUCCACGUUUGACCGUGUCCGGUGCACAAAAGUUCGAUGGCGAAGAUUUGACGGAGAAGGAUCGUAAAAGAAUCCAGAUGCAGCAGCAACGUUCCUGGCUCGAGCAGCAGAUCCGAGACAAGCGUCAGGCCGAGAUGGACCGCGUGGCUGCGGAGAAAUUUCUGGAGGAAACACUGGAGGCUCGAGAACAGAGGGUCCGCCAGUUGGCUGCUGAGGAACGCACCACACGGCAUAGGAUCCAGGGGAAUGUCGACCAGUUCAAUCGACAUCUCAUGCAACAGCAAGAAUACGACCGGCAGCAGAAGAAACGCGAGGAAGAAGAAGACAAUCUGGCUGAGAUCUACAACCACCUGACAAGCGAUAUUCUCACGGAAAAUCCGGAGGUUGCAGCGAGCAGCUUGGGCCCUAACAGAAUUAUACCAUACGCAUACAAGGGAAUGGGUCCGGAAGAACUGGAGCAAAUUAGAGUCGGACAGCUUCAGCAAAAGGAAGAGCUGGAACGUCGUCGGCAGGCAGAGCAAAACCACAAGGAAGCAUGGGACCAACUGGCAAAUGAUUUCGACAACACGGUUGUACUAAAGGAUCGGGAACUGAAUCGACGGCGCCAGAAGCUGGCUGAACAGAUCCGGCGGGAGAAUUCGCAGCUUUCGGACGAACAGCAACGCAAGCUGGCCUUUUUGGAUCGAGAAGUCUAUCAGAAUCGACCAACUAUGGCAUACUUCGAGCAGUUUAAUACUACUAGCCGAUAA